AUGGCACAGUUGACUGAUCUGCAUGCCCACGAAAGCUGGACCCGGGGCGGCCCCGGCGGCACCGCCUCGUACCGGCACCAGGGACCCGGGGCGGCCCCGCCGGCACCGCCUCGUACCGGCACCGCCUCGUACCGGCACCAGGGACCCCGGGGCGGCCCCGGCGGCACCAGCAGCACCUUGUACCGAGACCCGGGCGGGGCAGCCCCGCCGCGCUUGCAGCGGCCGCCCCUCAUUGCGGGCUCCCCACCGUCCCCUCUUCAGGCUCUCCGGGCGCUGUGCCCACACGGCCUCAGCCGUACCCGACCCUUACCAGUCAGUGUCACAAAAUCAUCCAUUUGUGCUACUGUUGCUGUAUUCACAGGUAAGGCAAACUGCCCUUACUAUGCCAAAGCUGAACACUUGGCUGACUGUCUCCAGGCUGCCUUGCCCAACUUCAGGGUUCACAAGAUCACUCAGCACCCUGACAAGUGGGAGCAGUGGCUUCAUGACAUUUGUGAAACGAAUGGAUGGGAACACAGACAGUCUCCUAUCAUUUGGAGAGAAUUGUUGGACCGUGGAGGGAAAGGUCAGCUUCUGGGAGGACUUAAUGAUUUUCUGGAAUAUGCUCAGCAAUAUUAUGGCAUCACUUCAAUGAUGUUGAGUAAAGAAAUGUUAGAGGUUGCUGAGGAGAACCUACAGGCUCAUCUUGAAAUUGUAAAAGAGGAUGAAAAGAUUAAAAGUCUUAUCAAGCCCAUGCAGAUCUGGAUCACCAGUGCAUCUACUCCAAUCUGUUAUCAACUGAUCCCUCUGUUGGCAAAUGGAGAAGUGUUUGGGAUGACCACAGAAAUCAGUAUCCAUUUGCUUGACACUGGCCAGUUUAAGGAAGUUCUUUGCAGUAUUGUAAUGGAAGCUGAAGACAUGGCAUUCCCACUUCUCCGCAGUAUUUUGGAGCACACUGAAAUAGAUGAGGCUUUUAUCGAAGCUGAUGUAGUUAUUGUUCUUGAUGAUGUCCUCUUAAACCUUGAAGUCCAGUCCCUUGAGAACUACAUCAGAGAAGUAAGUGAGAUCUGCCAAGUGUAUGCUCCCUUGAUUGAGAAGAAUGCCAAGAGUGAGGUCAGAGUAAUUUCAUCAGGAAAAACCUUUGCAAAUCUUAAGGCGACGCUGAUUAUGACGUACGGCCCAUCCAUUAAGCCUGAGAACAUCAUUGCCGUUGCGACAUCCUGGGAAAGUGCAGCUAAAGCCACGCUGGCCAGGAAGUUGAAUGUGAGCACAGCAGGAGUUAAAGACGUGAUUGUUUGGGGCAAUAUUACUGGCUCUAACUACAUUGAUUUGUCACAUGCCAAACUUUAUGGAUAUGAUGGUGCUAUUUGGGGCCCAGCUAAUUUUCAACGUCCUUUGUUGAAUCCGAUUUAUGAUAGGGAAUGGAUCCAUUCAGAAUUUUUAUCUGCACAGGGUUCACUGCGUUCCCGAGUUGGUCAUUCCACAGGAAUGUUACCUGCUCACGCGGUAGCCACUGUACUGCAGUACUGGUAUCACGGCUCUCCUCCUGGGGAGAUUGUUUCUGUGGGAGUACUUAGUGAAGGUCAGUUUUGCGUUCCUGAAGGAAUUAUCUUCUCUAUGCCAGUGAGCUUCCAGAAUGGUAGCUGGGAAGUCAUAAAAGAAUUAGAAAUUGAUGGAACGACACAAGAAGUUCUGGGACGCUUAGCCCACGAGCUAAUUCAGGAAAAGCUCGUUGCACUAAAGGAAAUAAAAGAAAUACAUCCAUAUGGAGAAGGCUAAAACCCCCACAUCUUUUCCCAAGUUUUUCUGUGCUGCUUUUCCUACGUAAUUUCCUUUUCAAGUUGUCUGUCCUCGUGCAUCAAAAUAAGAGCAGAUGAAUUUAAAAGUGUGUUUUAGUUCUGUUUUUUUCACUUUUCCCCUAUUCUCAGGUUCUGAAAUCCCUGCAGUUUUCCAAUGUUAUAGCGAUUUCUUUCUACUUUUAAGUCAUACAGGCCUUUUUUCUAGUUAGUUUUCUUUCUCCCUUCCUUCAAAUUCUUUCCAGUACUUUUAUAUCAGCACUUACCAUACUAUGAGCUGUUCUUCUCCACUAAGGGCAGGCUGAAGAAUGGGAAAACUGUUUGGAGCUUGAUGCCCAGAGCCUGUAGCGAGCACAUAAGCCUUUUGGUUAUCCAUGCUUUUUUCUUGGGAAAGAACUACAGACAAAAUAAAAUAUUCUUGAUAAUACAGAGUUUAGUUAUUUGGCUAAUCAUGACCUUGUUUAACCCAGACAGGAGAUUCUCAAUUAGAUAACAGUGUCCUUCCCUGUCUGCUCCCUAUGUAUAUGGCACUGCUCUUCUGUAGAGCUGCCCUAUUCCUCUUGUGGCUGCGUUAAACACUAAGCAGAGGCCUUCCCACUGCUACCUGCUUAGUUGUGGUCUUCUCUUGUGACAUCAAUAUCAGGUGUUCAAAUGUUCCCAGAGUGCCUUGCUGAUCUCUUUGAAUGUGUAGGCAUUUUAAAAGGCUGGCAAAAAAUAUGUAGUGUUUUUGCCUUUUUUUUUUUUACAGAAAUGGAAACCUUGCCUACUGGGUCACUUUAGCCAGAGUUGUCUGGAGGAAAAAUGCUGGAAAUUCCCAUACUAAAAUAAGACUUUCAUUGCUCCAGAGAGCAAACUACAAAAAAUGCUUAAACAUUGUCAUAGCUUUUGCUGUAUCUUCUUCAUAAAAAACCAGGAAAUCUCUAGGCAGAAAAAUAUUUCAAAAUCAGAAUGAAUGUAAUAUUCUUAAUCUGGAGACCAAAAUAAAAUUCCAGCUGAUUCUAAUGAGUCUAGGAUUUCAUUUGCAUCCAACAGCUUAUUUCUUCAGACCAAUAAACUGUUGCAAAAACAUAGUUUAGUGUUCCUAUUAUGAAAAUAUUGGGUAGGAUUGUCACACCUAGAGUAGCAAUUUUCUAACUCCAGAUACUUAUUUUGAAUGUAUUGAAACACAGGACUUGUGUAAUAAUAUAUCUUCUUAGGCAAAAUUGAUUUUUCACACAAAAAUAUAAGUCCAUCUCCUUAGUGACAAGAUAAUUUUUUGUCCCCAUGGGGUUUUUUAUUUAUCUCAUGAGUUUCAAGGGAAUACGCAUAUGUUUUAAGUCAAACAUGCAAUUAAUUAAGUCCUUGUGUAAACAGAAUUAUUGAGGAACCACUCUCACUUGUAUGUCUUUGGGGUCUUAAAAAAUGGAAACUGUGUUAAUGAAAUGUUAUUGUACGUGCUGAUUUUAUCAGUUAUGUUUAAAGCAAAAUAGAAAGCUUCCUGUUCUUUGAAUCAGAUACAUAUAGUUGGAAUAAAUUCAUUAUUUCUGUUCAAGUGGAGGUUCAAGUUCUGAACAGGGGUAGACUUCUUAUAUGAGGAAACCAAGAGGACUAUAUGUUAUAUAUAGGAGGAGUUCACAUGGAAAUUUUAGAGGCAGGUGUAGUAGAAAAUCUUGAAGAAAGAGGUUAGGAAUCAGUAAUUUCAUGAGGAAAUGGUGUCCGCAGAAUUAGUUUCUAGUAUAUGCACAGAAAAUUGGCUGAGUUUCUGGGGAGCAUCUGGAAGUAGAAGUCUCAGGAGAGCAUAUUUGGGUGCUACCAGUAGUCAUUAUAAACUACCUGGUUUGUUCCAUAGCUCCUUCUCCAAGACAGGAGAGGAAAAGUUAUCUUCUCUAAUGUGUAUUUACAUUUGGUUUUUUUUAUAUAUGGAAUAUGAUUUGCCUGUGGAGAUAGCAGUUCAAACAAACUGCAGUUCAAGCACCAACACUGCACAGCUGCUAAUGAGAAGGCAUAUAACUGUUUCUGCAAUAUAUAAACAGGCUUAUCAGACUUAGUCACUAGCUGACAAGCUUUUUUUCUCAGAGGCUGAGAGGUGAAAGAAAAAAAAUGUUUGGGAUGUCUCUUGUAUCCUAAACUAUUCUAACUGGAUUUGCCUAGUGGCCUGCAGGGAAAUUCAUGUCUUCCCUUGUGGAAGCAUAAUAGAAUGGAAAAGUUUCUUUUCCUAGCUUUGCUUGGGAGAGAAAGACAAAAAUUAAAUUAGUAGGAAAGCUAAAAUAUAGUAACGUAUUCAAAGUUGGUUACAGUUGUAACACAGCAAUUGACUCAGUCAUCACUAAGUUUGGGUUUCUAUAAGUAAUAAGCCAGUACACAUUAUCUCACAAAUUACCAAGUAAUGUUAUAUAUGCAGGAUAUUCAUAGCAUUGAUGACUCCUACUACCUGGAUGUUAGAGUAGCUGUUGAAAUAUUUAUGAAAAAGGGCUUUAAGCUAAAUAUAUGGGUCUUACAAAUGUUAUAUAUAUUCUGCAUAAAC